CGUGAAACUUGCAAAAACACCUCUGUUUCGAAUUUUCCAACCUCAAUUAUUUCUUCUUUGCAUAAUCAGGUAUAUUGAGCCAUUAAUUUGACUUUCAAUGGCUAAUUACGCUCCCGAAGUCUAGUAUUUUUGGCAGAAAUCUUGUUCCCCAAGCUUCCAACCCUUUUUUGUAACUUUUCUCCGCCAGACAUUCAAACGAGCCUCGAACUCCCGACAUUGCCAAUAUUUCUUACCUUACCUCUGACGUAAUCUCAUUAGGCUUUUAUAAAAUUUCACUCAUUCCCCGAUAUUGAAUCCCCGUUUCUACCGCUCACACCAAUAGCCAGAACGGCAGAACCUCACAUUGCCCGAUGCAUCCGUCCACGUCUGAUACAAAUUCAUCCCACCAUCUCUAUAACAGUUGUACGGACCCCCCGGACUCCUCGAUCCCCAUGCUUCAUCCCACCCCCAGCAACCUCGCCCCUCGACAACGCAUUUGCACCAGCAUCGAUUUGAAAAUCCAGUCUCCAGCUGCCCGUAAUGGCGCCGCCACCUAUCCCCUCCCAUUUUCAGGGGGCGGCAGCGUCUGCACCUAUCACGGCUAUGCCGACGCCACGUGGAUGCUCCAUAUUGACGGGUGCGGAGGGGAGGUCGUAGUAAGUGUGUCCGGUCUAGGGCUGGUUUUGGGGGUUUCCGGUGCAGUUUACGAGGCAAUGGUAGUAUCUUGCUGAGGUGCCAUGGAAGGAGAGGAGAAGAUGCAUGAUGCUUUGAGAGCACGAAGAUGCGCAUUAUCACGUCCCGGGGCUGAUGACCUGAAGGAAACAGCUCUGUUUGGGUGUGUAUGUAACGUCU